UUGAAAGUGACUCGGCCCGACUCGCAGUAGUCGACAUCAAGCGCUUCGCCGACACGGUCAGUGCCGUCUCGUCGUCGGAUCGAGGACGAACCCGCGUUCCCGCUCGUCGUGGUCGCGCCACGUUUUCGGCAUAUCACAUUCCGAGGAAGUCCCGGACGAACGCGUCCUUUUCCCGUCCCGGAUCAAGUUUCUCGACGGAACGUUUUGCAUUUAAAGGAUUAAAAUUCAAACGAUCGACCAAGAUAGAAGAUAUAAAUGAGAAGAAGACGCAGAAGCUGCUGAUUACGCAAAGCAUAUUACGACAUAAUGGAGUUUUAAUUCGAGUCGCGGACCGGGCGGACAGUCGCAAUUUCCCCGAGGAAGAUGCAAGAUCCCCCAGGAUCGCAGCGUAAACGGGGUAAGUGAAUGGAGAAGUCGACGACGGGCAACGUCGUCGGGCGAAAAAACGCGAUCGUCUCGAAGCGGUUGAUCGUGGUUGAUCGAUCCCGAUCAAGAGCGACUACCACCAUCGACUCGUUCCUGACCGCGGGGUCUAGGUCAGGAACCGCCGCGGGGAAUCAAAUUAGUAUCCUUCGGACGAAGGAAGAGCGCCGGGUGGUGGGACGGGUGAGCUGCAGCAUUCUCGCGGUCGUGCUCGAGAUCACCGCCAAACGGAGUUCGACCAAACGCAGAACAUGGCCGAUCUCGAGAGGAUCAGGCUGGUGGUGCUCGGCGGUGCCGGGGUCGGCAAAAGCGCCAUUAUACGCCGAUUGCUCGGCCAGGGUUUCAGCGAGCGAUACCGGCCCACCGUGGAGGAUCUGUACUCGCGGGAAUGCGUCCUCGGCACCCUGACCCUCAAGGUCGAUCUUUUGGAUACCGCGGGUGACCUGCAGUUUCCCGCGAUGAGACGGUUGAGCAUAGCCACCGCCCACGCAUUCUUGCUCGUGUACGCAACAACAUCGUUACCGAGCUUUGAGUGCGUGAAACGUUGCUUCGAAGAAGUGAGAGAACAACGACCCGAUUUUCAGGAAGUACCGAUAGUCGUCGCCGGGAACAAGCUCGACCUGGCGCCGGCCCGAAGGGAAGUACCCAUCGAGGAUGUAAGCGAGUGGCUGUUUUGCGAAUUACCCAAGUUACGCGCUAAAGUGAUGGAAUGCUCGGCAAAAGACGAUUAUAACAUUAAGGAUAUAUUCAGGUGUUUCGUCACGCUUUCCAGAAUUGUGCCGAAAAAUCCCACCGGCGAGGUCGACGAGUCGGGACUCAGGAGGAGAUGUUCGGCAUACGGAUCUCGCAGGUCCGGCAGUCCUAGCGGCAGGACCGGCAGCGCGGGUCCCGGUGGAAAUCCUCAGCAAGUAGUCGCAGCUCAGGGCUCCAGCGUCGUCGCUGUCACCGAGGAGGUGAAGAGCAAGCCGCGUAGUCGCAGCCUGAUCAGACGCGCCUCGAGAAAGACGAAACAACAGAUCAGGGAUGCCCACGCUGACGAUUGCAACAUUUCCUAAAGCCCGAUCAUACCUAAUAAGAAUCGAGGAAGAAAUGGUAACUUUCGUCGCGGAGCAGGAGAUCGGGAUCAGGUUCCGAUUAUUGCAAUGGGAAACGCGUUUUCGAGUCAAGUAAACGUAAGUGCAUUAAACGUAAGACUCGAGGUUGCGCCCGCGAUAUUUGCAAGAAAGCGAUUUACGGCAAAUAAAAUCUUUUUACGGCUGCUAGACGACGCGGAUCAACAUUUACUUAUACUUGCUUAUUCCGCGUUGAUUUACGAGACUUUGAAAGCAAGAGAGAAGUAAACAGUAAGCCGAUAAAGUGACUAUAGCUCUAAAAAGAGUCUAGUUUGAGAAGCUCGAGAAGGUAUAAACCGUCACGUCGACUUCGUAGAAUACGUAUCAGAAAAUGUGUGUAUCGAUAGCAAGAUUAUUAUUAUCAAAUCCUGAGUUUCAGAUUGACUUUUUUCUUUAACAAAAUUAAAUGCCCAAAUAUUAAAUAUUCGAUACAAAAUUCUUUUACUUAAAUAAUAUUAAGUUUUAAUGUUUAAAUGUAUUGUAAGUAAGUAAAGCAUUAAAUUUUUAUUAAAGAAAAAGAUGAAUGCAAUUAUAUGAAAAAAAAAGAAUCUGUAAUCGAUAUACAUUUCUUUUGGAACAUCUUAUAUAUAGAUACAUUAACGAUGUGAACGUGGAAUUGAUCUUUUAUGACGGAUAUAUAAUUUUUUCAACGAAUGAAUAAACUCUUAUAUUUCUUGAUGUAAAUAUUUAUGAUUAUUCAAAUGAUAAAAGACUCCAUUAUAUAUUCAAAAAUCAUAUUUUCGUGUGGCAAGAGGAGCAAUUUUAACAAUUAAGCAACAUUUUCUCACGAUUAUUAUUUUUGCAUUAUUUUGCAUUCUCAGAGCAUCCCAAAAUAUAUGAUACAAAGGCAAUAUAGAAUUAUUGCACAUAGAAAAGUUUGUUUAAUAUAAGAUACAUGUUGAAUGUUUAUAUUCACACACACACACACACAACAUAUAUAAAACAGACAUAUCAUUUUCUUUCUCCAAUUUAAAUAUUUCCUAGAAAUUUUAAAAGAUUCUAUUGAAUGUGCACUAAUUAAUCGCAUAAGAACUUAUAUAUAAAAGCGUUGUUUUACCUUCGGAAAAUGAAAGCGCUUGUAAAGUGCGAGAUUCGUUCAAAAGACUCGUAAAAUUAUAAGAGAAAAAAAAGAGAAAAAGAAAAAGACAAAAUAAGAAUAUAUGAAAUAACAAAAGUGUUAUAAUAUUAAACAAAUAUUAUGAAAGUAGUCUCAAAAAAUCAUACGAAAAGAUAAAAAAAAAAUUUUUGUAAAUUUUGAAUAUCUGACGAGAUCGUACUAAUAAGACAAAAGUGAGAAUAAAGUCGAUAACGCCAAUUUAAAGUACGGCUUUUUGAAAAAAAAUCUAGCCUUUCUCACACACACAGUUACUCAAGAAAAAAACAAGAUAUUUUUAAUAUUUUCUCAAUAUUCUGUUCGAAAUUGCAAUAAACAAUUGGCAAGACAUUAUGUGUGUGACAAAACGUUAAUCAUUAUCUAAAAUAAUUAUCAACAAAAAUGUUUAAUAAUAUCUGGCAAAAUUAAAAUCAAUUUAAAUGUCAAUUAGGCACACAGAAGUUUUGUAACACAUGCUACACUUACGAUUAGAUAUGUACGCUUGGACGACCAUUUUAAAGAUUCAGAGAUGCAAUUUUAAAACCUUUUAUCUCACGCGAUGCACAUUCAUAAUUGUUGUGUAAAUAUCAAUUUUAUUUGUGUCACAAGAAAUUUCAGGCACGCGAACAACGCCGAUAUGCAAAAAGAAAAUUGUUUGCAAAUAACAAAUUAUAAUCUACAAA